AUGGCCAGUGCUAUUGCAAAGCUGCAAGGUUUGAGGCAGAAAAUCCAAGGCAAAGAGCAGCACCAUGAGUGCAGGACGCUGCAGAUCAACAUGCCUCCGCCCACAAACGUCGACAUCGAAUUCAGAAAUCUAUCCAUGAAUGUUUCCAUGGGGAUUACUAACAGCAAUAAAAUGGUUCGCAACUAUAAACGAAAAACAGAUCGUGGCAAAUGGAACGAAGAAGACAUGAGAAGAGCAGUAAAUGCUGUUCUUACUCAUAGAAUGGGAUUUCUUCUAGCCUCGGCUACUUACGAUGUUCCGAAGUCGACCUUAGAACGACGAGUAAGAAAAGCUCGUGAAACUGUUAAUGCCGACACUGAUUCUGAUAACGACUGCGGGAAAAAACAUUUGGGACGAUUCAAAACAGUUUUCUCAGCCGAGCAAGAAAAUGAGCUGGCGGAGUAUGUCAAAUCUAUGGAAGCACGGCUUUUUGGUUUAACAGGAAAAGAGCUACGCAUUAUAGCUUAUCAGUUGGCUCAGCGGAAUCAUAUAGAUAACCCAUUUAAUACAGAAACUGGUAUGGCAGGAGAAGAUUGGCUCAGCGGGUUUUUAAAACGACACCCUGAUCUAGCAUACAGACGCCCAGAACCAACAUCAGCUGCAAGAGCGAUGGCUUUUAACAGAGUGGCAGUCGAUAAUUUUUUUACAUUGUUGGAAAAUGUAAUAGAUAAACAUAAACUGACGCCUGAAAGAAUUUACAAUGUAGACGAAACGGGGAUCAGUACUGUUCCAAAAAGUCAAUCUAAGAUAUUGUCAACGAAGGGCCAGAAGCAAGUCGGCUGCCUCUAUCAGCAGAGAGAGCCUUUAGACGUGUCUUUCAUGAGACCUUUAAGCACGUACUACAGUGCAGAAGUGAAAAAAUGGCUCAGAGAUCACCCUGGUCGCGUGGUUACACCAUAUCAAGUGGCAAAACUUUUUGGACAAGCUUACUUAAAAGCAGCCACAAUGUUAACAGCCAUAAAUGGAUUUCGGAAAUGUGGUGUAUGGCCGCUAGAUAAAAAUGUAUUUACCGAUGCUGAUUUCAUAGCUGCAGAGACGACUAACACAGAAAAUCUGGCAAAAGAAAGGCUAAAUGUGGAAAAUGCUCCAUCAACUCAAACACCUGCAAUCACUGAAGAAAAUCUAUCGCGGCCAUCCCCUUCAGUUCACCUUGGCCAAAUUGAUAAAGGGAGUAUUCCAGAGCCUCUGAUAUCCUCAGAAAAUGCUGUCCAUCCAGUUUUAUCUACUGAAAAAGAAGAUAUUGUUGAACCAGCUACAUCUUUUUCCAAUAACAAUGGUGCCCAGGUCUCGUUCAAUUCUCAAAUUGACAUUUCUAAAGACAAAACUCCCGAAAGGCAAAUAAAAAGAAAAACUUCUUUUCUAAUAAGUCCUGAAAAUAUUAUGGCCAUACCUAAAGAAGUUAGGACUCAGGAGAGAAAGACUAGGAAACGAGGGAAGACUGCAGUACUAACUGAAUCACCUUACAAAAACGAACUCAUAAAACAUAUAAGUAUUAAAGAAGGUAAAAAUAAGAAAAAGACUGAUAAUCAAGUGACUGAAAAAGGUAAAAAACAAAUAAGGAAACCUGGAAAAAAGACUGCAAAGAAGAUUAAAAAGACAACAGACAAGGAAAAUCUGCAGAAAAAGCGUCAAACCAAAAGGUGCAAAAAUGAAACAGGAUCGGAAGAUAGUUCAUCCCAAGAAGAGGAUGAUGACUGUGCUUGCAUCUAUUGUGGGUACUUAUACUCAGAUUCAACGGAAGGUUGGGUCAUCUGCGGCGCAUGCCACGGUUGGGCGCAUAAUUCAUGUGCCGGAGUAGAUGAGGAAGACGAAGAGGCACACAUUUGUGAACGCUGUCUACCCGAUUAA